AUGGCGACUGCUGCAGGGCACGACCUCCCCCUUCGUGGUUACUCUCAGCCCCCUCCCCUCCAGUCAGGUUUUGUGCCUCAGUCUGCCUCGCCGGCGCGAUCAGACGUGCCGCCGGCCUCGCACUCUUUCGCCCCUUCGGGAGGGUUCGCGUCGGGUUUCACGUUACCUGCUGGUGGGUCUGCAGCGCUGGCUUUGAGCGAAAACAACGCUGGAGAGGGACCGCCGCUGCGGUCGCGAACGGUCCGCUUUGCGCCUAAGCGGCAGUACCGGAGCUAUUCGCCGUCAAAUCCCGCCCCCCUCGUGGGCCCAGACAGCUUUCACGGAGGCUCGGCGGCGCUCCUCUCUGGGUUUGCUUCCGAACCAGCUCAAUUUCCGAACGUGCCGCAGGGCAACUUCGCCGGCUACCACCCUCAAGCCGCCAGCCUCAGCUCACGCCCCUUUAUGAAUGUCAGUACGGCCCCCGCGCCAAGUUCUGCCGCGCCGGGUUACAGCAUGAGUGGUGCUGCGAGAACUCCUUACGCGCCUUCCUUCCCCCUGGCCAGCAAAAGCGUAUCGCCUUCCAGGCAACUGAUGCCAUCAGGAACGGGGCUCAGGGCGCCGCAGCAGAUCCAGUCUUUGGGGUCGAUGGCGCCCGCCGGAUACUCUGCUGUCUCUGCGGCCGCCGGGCCCGUUGCGGGGUUCUCGCGCUUUUCCACCGCGAAAUCGAUACCUGCAGGGUUGCAGGAGAUGCGGGCGUCAGCGCAGCUGCCUCCGCAGGGUUCGACUUUCGUGAGCGCGGGGUCCUCUGAGCCGAUAAAUGCAAGCGACAGCGCGGCUCCGGGGCAAUUCGCGACUGUGGCCUCGUCUGAAGCGCUGGAGCACGCCCCGUCUCGGGAGCGAUCUCUCAUGCGGGGAGUCACCAUGGACGUGGGCGAGAGGCAACUCAAGCUCCAGCAGGACAUGAAGACCCUGCAGGAGAGACAGCGCACGCUGCUCGCUCAACAGGCCAAGCAGUUGCAGCAACAGCAAUUGCGGCCUCCAUGGCUCGUCCCCUGCGGGGUUACCCCCAAUGCAACGCGCCUCGCAACGAUCACGGUGCUGCCGCCGAAAGAAGGCGAGGCAGCGGGAAGCAGCGCCAGAAGCGGCAGUUGCCCCAUUUUCUCGCGAUGUGCCGCGGGCUCACGCAACCGAAGCGGUGGUUCCCGCGCGGGUCGCACGCGCCGCAUCGGGGUGUAUGUGCAGCCGCCGGCCAGCGCAGCUAGCCGAGGCGCGUCUGCGGCUGCGGACGUGCAGAUGGCGGGCGAAGAAACGGGAGACGCUGCAGCGUGCACUAGCUGGCUGUGCGGACCCGAGAAGACGCCGAGUCGGCCGGCUGGAUUGCCCGCUGGCCACCGCUACAGUCCCGGAGCUGCAGCUGCGGGAGGUUCUGCGAAUCAGCCGCUCGUCCUCAAGGUCAACGUGGUGCCUCCAAGAGCUGGGGCGUCCGCAGACGCAGCAAAUCCAGGAGUCGGGGGGGUGACACAGGCCCCCGCAGCGCUCAAUCCCGCUGCAAGCGCGGAAGACGGAGGCGUCGACCCGCGUACGCGGCAACUCUGGGAGGAAAACGAGUUCUUGAAGCAAGAGAACGCCUUCCUCAGGGCUCAACUCGGACGCGCCCGCGCCGACGAUAUGAACCGGCGCUUCUCAGAAAUUGAGUCUCGGCGGCGGGCGGAUGACGACGUGCGCGGCCACGAAACCCUCAUUCAGGAACAAGAGGAGGAAAACCGAAAGCUCCGCCGACAAAUCGCGGACCUCGGCGCUGCGCUAUACGCAGCCACGGAAGACGGAGACUUUCGUGCCACCACGGAGGCUCUCGUCCAGAUGCUCACAGACGCACACAAGGAAGUGGCGAGUCUGAAGAAAGCGAUGCGCUGUGAAGCGCGAAGCGCGCAUGCUGCUCAGACUGACAUCAUGAACGCGCUGAAGCUUGUCAACCGAGGAGGAGAUGUUUUUGCGACGGAUCCGAACGACGUGACUGUCGGCGAAGCGGCCACAGACUCGUUAGUCAGUCAAGGCAAGCGCCUCGUCGCCCAGGGCCAGGAGAGUGUCUGGACGGCGCUGAGCUCCAUGAAGGACCUCGUGGACCAAGUCUUCGACCGGAUGAAGCGGCUGCUCACCAGCACCUGCACGGAUGAGGAGAAGAUCCAGUACCUCGAAAGUCUCCACCUGUUGGUCGUCGGAAGCCUCGAUGGGACUCUCGAGGCUUACGACGAGUUGGCGGCCACAUGCAGCAAAUUCGACCAGCUCCGAGCAGUGGUUUUUGAUCCAAAGCGAAACAGUCCAUACUGCCCUUGCAGGCCGCGGCGCCAGGUGCUGGAAGACGAUUUGAAGCACCUGACCCGUCAGAACAAGGAAGCCUCCGAGAAGCUUCGCCAGCUGCGCGCGCGUGUCGUCAAGCUUGAGAUGGAGAAUCUGAAGUUUUAUGUCAAACAGGCCGAUGGGGUCUCGGAAGCGGAGUCACGGCUCGCGGCAUCGCUCUCCACUAAUCAACUGGCACGCGAGUUGAGUUCUCGAUCUCAGUCGCCCUUCCAGCGGGACGCUCGAUCCGGCGACCGCACCUUCGACGAGACUACGUCAGAUGGCCACGAACGAGGCCGGCAGGCGGGGCGGAGAAAGGGCAAACGCGAAAGCAAGACGAAGCUGAUCCUGAGGCGACGUGAUAUCGUGCCUGACUGCGACUCCGAGGAUGACGUCACGAGCUACCAAGUCACCACGGCUAUCAAGAAGCUGCAAAACGAGAUCGAGCGCCUGAAAGACGAACGGCAGUUCGACCGGACGAAGGACGCAGAGCGAGAGCAACAUCUCACGCGGCGCAUCACAGCAGGAAACCGAGCUCUCGCGGAGAUGUUGAACGACCAGGAUCGCUUGUUGGAGCAGCUUCUGCAGAUGAUUGACAAGAGGAACCACAUGUAUGCGGCAGGAGCAGCUGCGGCCGCUGAGCGCGCUCACCGUCAAGCCCUACAGGAAGACCUCGAACAAAGCAGGUCGCUGAUAAGCCAGUCGUCAAUGGCUCUGCUAGAGGGUCAGGCGCCGGAGCCAGGUGCUUUCAACCGGCUGCUCACGCGGCUGAAGAGUAUCAAACCCGUCAACAUGACUGACAUGACAGAUGAGGAACGAGAAUUGCUGCAGAUGGCGGUCAACGAGUUGACAGAGCAUUCCUAG